UCAGCUCUGUAUUCAGGUUUUCCUCUUAGACAGCUCAUGAAUUUGAACAUUUAUUCACAUUUCUGAUAUUUUAUAAAUUUUGAUAUUAACAGAAGUCAUAGCAAGGACUAAAUUAUAUUCACAUAAUCAACUUUUUGAUUAGAAGAGAAAAUCUACAGCAGCCAUGUUGUUGGCAGAAGCUGGAUGUUUGUUUCUGGGUUUCAUUCUGUGUCUGUCAGGUGUUCAGGGAAAACCAAACAGCAUCUGUGCCUUGAAAGGUUCAUCAGUGAAUCUGCCCUGCUCACAUCAACAUCCCACUGCAAGAAAUGGCUGGUACACUGGACACGAUACUGUCUCCAAGAUAAAGUUCUCAGUAGAGGAAACACAUGUAAAGUACAGCAUGUCAGCAGAGAGUAAUUUCACUCUAACAAUCAAUAAUCUGACAGAGAGAGAUGCAAAUUUUUACUGCAUUAAAACUGCUGACAGAUCAAAGUGCCAACAAUGUGGAAUUCAUCUCCAUGUUACAGAGCUGCAGGUAAAGGUGAUUCCUGCCACAGAGGGACAGACAGUAACACUGAUGUGCAGCAGCAGCUGUCCUCUGACUGAAAAGCCUGCAGCCUACAUCUGGUACAAGAACAGAGAGUUUCUCUAUGAGGACUGGUCUCCCUGGUACCAAGAGCUGCUCAGCAGUGAGGAAGCAGUCACAUACUCCUGUGCUGUCAAAGGCUACGAGCAUCUCAGAGCCCCUGAAGUCUCUGUGGGUUCCAUCACAGAGACCUGCUUCAGUGUGACCUAUGCUAAAGGGAGAAUGUGUUCUUCUCAGCAGACAUCAGUGGACGAGUCCUGCUCCAUCACAUAUCCCAGAGAAAUUCAUGUCCAGAGCCCUGCUGAACACAGAGGUCACAUCAGACUGACCUGUAACAGCAGCUGUUUUCUGACUGAGCCUCUGAUUUCCUUUGUGUGGUAUGAAAACAGAAAGCCUACAGUGCAGGAGGGAAAACAGAUUCUAGUUUCCAUCUCUCAGCCAGACAGUUUGUCUUGUGCUGUAAAAGGUCUUGAGGAUGUGCGCUCUGCUGACGUCUGUUUCAGUGAUUCCUGCUGGAGUUUGAAUUAUGUCCACAGCAGAAUCUGUGCUCUGGAAGGAUCUUCAGUGAACAUCUCCAGUAAAUACUCACAUCCUGACUACGAGCAGAUACAGUCUAAAUGUUGGUAUAAAUUUAAGGGAAAUGCUGAGGAGGAAGCUGAACAGCUGACUGAGGAUGCAGAUCAUGUGGAGUAUGAUGACAUCAUGAAGAACCAACACAUCCUCAGAUUAAAGAAGUUGAAGAGAGAUGACUCAGGAGAAUACAGGUUCACCAUCACAACAGAAGCUGAAGAAGUGAUAGAGUCUGAUUUUCUUGGAGUUACUCUGAUUGUCACAGAGCUGAGAGUGAAGAUGAGUCCUUCUGCAGUGGUGACAGAGGGUCAGAGAGUCACACUGACCUGCAGCACCAGCUGUCCUCUGACUGACAACACAAACUACAUUUGGUACUUGAACAGUCGACCUCUGACCCCGAGAGAGAACCAAACCAAACAUCUGAUCCUAGACCCAGUCAGCAGGGAGGAUGCAGGAAGCUACUCGUGUGCUGUGAAAACCAACAAAGAUAUCAGCUCUGCUCCAAAGACUCUCACUGUCCAAAGUACUACAGGAACACGGAUACGAGCAGCUGCAGGAGUUUCUGCAGCUCUGCUGGGUUUAAUACUUCUCCCUAUCACUGUCUUCUUGUGUAUUAGGUGAACAUUAUUGUGUUAUCUCUAAGACCAGUCAUGUUUAAACUUUAUUUGUUUUUGUACAACAGGACUUCCAAUCCAUAAACUUUACAGAAUUUCAGAGACAUUGCAGCAAUAUGAAUGUAUGUGUGUGUGUCAGGUUGUGUCUUAGACUCCACCUUUCUCAGAACAUCUCAUGCUGCUCCAGGUGUGGGGGCCUAUUUCACCCUACCAUGCUCCCUGCUGGUGGCUGGUGCCCCACCCGCCAGCUGCUGCUUGGUGUGGCCUGGUCCCCCUGGCUGUGUCCAGGGCCUGCUGGGGUGGGGGCCCAAGGGUCUUCUCUUUAACAUGAAUUUAUGAUCACUGUCUCGUCUCAUCAGAUGACCCUUGAUCUCAUUUAUGAAAACAUCUCAGCUCAGUCAGCAGGGCAGGAUGAUCAUCACUACAGCAGACUGCACUUCAGUGAAAACCACACAGCUGACCUCUACUCCACCAUCGAGCCACUGUGUGCUCAAUAAAGAAACGUUUGUUAAUAUGGUGAUUUUUUUCUCCAAUGAUAAACGUUUACCAUCACAGCAAAGACACUGCAGCUUCUUGAUCCAUCAGUGGAUUACGCUCACUUUAUUGGAAUAUAAAUUACAGGAGAAAUAAGUUGAAAUUGAAAUCCAAUUGAGAUUGAAAAGCUCUAAUCUUAAGCACUUUACUUUGUGUGCUUCUGAUGCCAUUAAUGAAAACAUCAAAGUCAUUGUGUCUGCAGGUUUCUCUUCUGUUAGGUUUUUGUCUGUACCACAAAAUAACCACUAACAGUGUCACAUGUCUCUGCUCUCACUGUCAGCACUGUCAGGUUUUAGAUGAACAUAUAAUAAUAUGUAGCCAUGUCACAUGU